GUUACAAUCUAUCGCCACCGCUAAGACCACCGUCUCCUCCGCAAUCUUCAUAACCAAAACAACCCUAAUACCUGGUAAGCUCGAUUUUCUAAUCAAUUCACUCUCCUAUGAUGUCGAUCUGUUUCUACUCAAGUUCAAUCUCUUGCGAAUCCGUUCUUUGUUCUGAGAUUAGGGUUUCGCGAUUUGUGUUCUAGGGUUUCAAGAUCCCUAAUAUCUGAUAAUCUGGUGCUUAAACAAUGGGGAAGAGGAAAUCAAGAGCAAAGCCUGCUCCUACGAAGCGAAUGGAUAAGCUUGACACAAUCUUUAGUUGUCCUUUCUGCAAUCACGGCUCGAGUGUCGAAUGCAUAAUUGAUAUGAAGCAUCUGAUUGGUAAAGCAGCUUGUAGAAUCUGUGAAGAAAGCUUUAGUACUACUAUCACAGCUUUGACUGAAGCUAUAGACAUUUAUAGCGAAUGGAUCGAUGAGUGCGAGAGGGUUAAUACCGCGGAAGAUGAUGUUGUGCAAGAAGAAGAAGAAGAAGAAGAAGUAGAAGAAGAAGAAGAGGAAGAAGAGGAUGAUGAAGAUGACCGUGUCUCUGUCAAAAGGAAGUAUAAUUUCUGAGACGAGUCUUUUAUCGAAAAUCAUGUAAGUCGUCUUAGAGUUAUCUGCCUUAUGUUGUAAUAUCUAUCUGAUGAAAUUACAAGAACAAUCUUUAGUGUUUUCUCAGUGUCUGAUAGAGAAACAUAAAAAUAACAGUGUAUG